AUGACCCAAUCUGAGCAAGCGGCAUCACAUGAGGACGUCGUUGAUGCUGGCAGUGCCAGUGCCACUGGAGCUAGGAAAAGAGGCCGGCCAAAAGCACCAGUAUCGGACCGUCAGCCCCGGAAGCGACGCAAGAAGGGAACAGGACAUCCCGGCGGAUGGAGCAAGGGCAUGAAAAUCGGCCCGCGACCUGCCAUCGACCCUGGCCCUGAAUUCAACUCACUCUACACGCAGGCGCUGGAGGCUUUUAUCGACGAGCAAGACUCCGACAAAGCUCUCAACCUAGUCACCAAGGCCCUCGCGAUCAACCCGGAGAUCUACUCUGCUCACGCUCUUCGCGCCGAGCUCUUAUUCGCAAGAGGUGAAGAUGAGAACGCUCUGGCCACUCUCUUUCUGGCCGCCCACGCGAGCCCGACCGACCCUGAAGUGUGGUUCCAAGCAGCGUCCGCGCACCUGGAGCGGUACAAAGGGAGGCGGGAGGUUGCUUUGCAACAGGCCAACUACUGCUUCUCUCGUAUUAUCCAUGUCGGCAGUGCCCGCGACAGGCAUAUUGAAGCCCGAUUCCAACGAGCUGCUGUCAAUCGGGAGCUCACCAACUAUACUAAAGCCAUGAAAGAUCUGGAGACUAUUCUUGAGGUGAUGCCCAGGAAUUCUAGUGUUCUGCGACAAAUUGCAGAGAUAUGUAUCGACCUCAGGGACAUUACCCGGGCGAAAGAGGUGUACGAAAAGACCCUGGCUUACUAUCAAGAGAAUGGGUUCGAAGAUGAAGAGUCUUUCUCCUGGGCUGACAUCCUCGUCUACGCUCAGAUUCUCGCCUUGGAAGAACCACCCGACCUGGCCAUCUCAAACGCCUUGAAGGUGCUGAAGCAGUUGUCGCGCUGGCUACUUGGCAGAGCAGAUGAAGAUUACUGGAAUCGGUUCACUGGCGAUGACCGGGAAUUUGACUCGGAGGAUGAACCUCGCAGAGUCCUGGUACCUGAAUUUGGUCCAGGCAGAUACCCGCCUGAAGCUUACGGUGCCGGACUCCCACUAGAAAUUCGAGUCAGGCUGGGGAUGCUCCGUUUGCGGCAGGGGCAGGAGGCUUUGGAUGAAGCAUUGGCUCAUUUUGAGUGGCUCGAACCCGAUGCCAGAGAUGAGAGCGCCAACGUCUUCGAGUAUCCUGAUUUGUUCUUGGAAGUUGCCGAAGCCUUGCACGAAGCGAAAGAAUACGAUCAGGCACUUCGCUACUACCAAGUUCUGAAAGAGACCAACGCAUAUUCACACACCGACUUCUGGCUGGGUAUCGGAGCCAGCUCCUACAUGUGUGGUAACAACCUGCAAGCCGUCGAAUGUUACGAAGAGGCCAAACAAGGGGAUGAGAAGUCUGUAGAGGCCCGAACUCAGCUCUCUAAACUCUUUGCGGAUUUUGGCGACAAGGAACUGGCGAUGGAGAACGCUCGAGAAGCUGUUCGGCUUGCGGAAAGUUUACUCCCCGACCAUGGCAAGCGCAAGUACGAGCCGAAGCAGCUACGCUAUGCCCGUGAGGAAGCUGAAAAGGCACUCAAGGAAGCUUUCCAACUGUCAGGAGACUACACCGGUGGAGUACCAGUCGAGCGAAUCGAGAGUAAACUAGAAAUGGUCGGCCGAGGGAGGCACAGAAAGCGACUCCCAAAGAGACUGCCAGCCGAGAUGAACUCGGCUGGGGAAGGAGGUGGGGAGAAGGAGAAUCGAUCCGGAGAGGGCUUGGAAGAUGGCGACGACCUGCCACCUGCGAGUGAACGGGAGAUGGCAAGAUUGAUCGCAAGAAAGGUUGUGAGAAAUAGACAAGAUCGACCCCCAGCUCGAUUUCAAGCUGCACCGCCAAAAUACGAGUUUAAGGCCAAACGACCGACAGCGAAGGAGAGGGAUGCACGUCGGACCGAUGCAAUUAACGGACUCUACCAGAGUUUGCUGGACAGCACCGAGGCUAUGAGGGCCGGCGACGAGCUUGCCCGACAUGCGUGGAUGGGAUGUGCCGAGACGCUUCUCAAAGACUUUCGGGGGAACCGCACCUUCUAUUCCGACGAUCGCAUUGUGAAAGUCAGUGGCCUUGCCCGUGAGGCAUUGGUGGAAACAAGAAAGAAAUGGCAGGAGCAACAAGAGAUUAACCAGGUCCAAGAUCAAGAGCUCGACCCAGAUAUCCCCAUCCCAUCGGUCGAGUCAAAUCUGCCAACGGAGUAUCGCGAAAUUGCCUUCUCAGACUGGCUGGACAUCUUCCUCGAGUACGCUCUUCUCCUGUCACAGAGCCCUGAUCCAGAUGCCCAGCAUCGCUGCUACACCACGAUUGAUGCUGCGUUGGGCUGCAUUAUUUGGAAGCGCGACCCGCAGACACUAUUACAAAUCCAUAUCACAUACCUUGCCUGUGCUAUGGCUCUCAGAGACGAGGACACGCUUUAUAACGUGGUCUUACGGUGGUUUCUGAAGACGUACGAGUUCAACAACGAUGCGUACCGGCUGUUCGCAGCUAUCAACCUGUUGUAUCCACACGAGCUCGACAAGAGCGGCAAAGAUGGACAAAUGAAGAAUGCCAUGUUUCGCGGCCGAUCGAUGCACCAAUUUGUCCUAAAACAGCUCCUGCUCGCCGAUUCGUCCUUGCCAAUGGACUAUAACCCUCCAGGUUUCGGGCCGGUGCCAGAUUUUAUGCGAAAGGGUGCAGAUGCUGAGGAGCAAAGCACCCGCAGCAAGGACGACCUCGCAGCCACACCAGCAUCGAGGAGUGCUCGCAGCACAGAAUUUGGUGAGCGGACCGCAACUCAAACUCCAGCAUACGGAAAUUCCCGUAUCAGAGAGAGCACCGGAGAGACCCCAGGACUCCCAGAACAGGCUGAGCAACGACAUUCAGAAACACCAGCAUUUGUAGAUCAACCUGAACAGCAGCCGCGGACCCCUCCCGAGCAGCAACAGGGCCAGCAGCAAACCUCGGAAAUCACAGAACUAAACGCUCUCCUUCUUCUCCUCUACGGCCAGAUCCUCGAUGCGGCCGGCACCUUCAGUGGCGCUUUGAAUUACUUCUUCCGCGCCCAGUCCCUCGACCCUCAGAAUCCUGUCAUCUUAUUGAGUAUCGCCUUGACUUAUAUGCAUCUUACCUUCAUAAAGAAGUGCAACAACCGACACAUGAUGCUACUGCAGGGGUGGGCCUUUUUUGAGCAGUAUGCGGAUGCGAGGCGGGAGUGGGCGCAAAGAAAGCUGCAGGAUCAGAAAGAAGAAAGCGAGGGGCAGCUGGAUUUAGAGGGUCUAGAAGUGUUGAUCGAACGGGAAGUCGAGUUCAACCGUGCGAGAUGCUGGCACAUGCUUGGCAUGGCAGAUCUGGCUGUCAGUGGCUAUCAGAAGAUGCUCUCUUUGGCAGUUCCCUCCCCGGGUAUUGACCGAGAAGACACGAUGAAGUACACGGAUUUCACCAUGGACGCGGCGUAUGCGAUGUCUACGAUUUAUGCAAUGAGCGGGAAUAUGGAGAUGGCGAGAGAUGUGACGGAGAAGUACCUCGUGGUUUGA